ACCUAAAAUCUUCUCUCUCGUAGACAUUGACAAAACAAAAAGAAUGAGUCAAUCAAAUCUUGUCACAGACGAAGUUACAACACCCCUACUCCCAAGAAACAAUCAUCCAAACCUACAUUUUCUAAGAAAUUACUCCUAUGAUUUCAUAAAUGAAACAAUAUCAAUUGGCAAAAUCUCUUGCCCAUUGGUCUUCUUAAGUAUAUGCCUCUACGCUCGCUCGUUCGUCUCUAUGUAUUACCUCGGCGGUCUCGGAGACAAAACCCUAGCUGGUGGCUCCCUUGCCAUCGCAUUAGCGAACAUCACUGGAUACUCUCUUUUCCCUGGUUUAACCAUGGGCGUUGAAACUAUCUGCUCCCAAGCCUUCGGCGCAAGACGUUAUAACUACGUUCAUGCGACUGUCAAGCGAGGAAUCAUCCUCCUCCUCGUUUCUUCUCUCCCGAUUAUACUUGCAUGGAUCUACAUGAAGAAGAUUUCUAUAAUGUUGAACCAAAAUAAGGAUCUUGAGUCCGAAGCUCACAUAUUUUUGCUUUGGUCUAUUCCAGAUCUCAUCGCUCAAUCUUUCUUACACCCACUACAAGUUUAUCUCAGGAUCCAAUCAAAGACUCUUCCUUUAUUUAUCUGCACAGCGAUUGCAAAUAUUUUAUACUUGCCAAUCACGUCAUUGUUCGUUACGUAUCUCGAUUUGGGGAUUAAAGGUAUUGCCUUGAGUAAUGUUGUGUCGAAUUUCAACCUAGUCGUUUUUAUCUUUCUCUACCGCUAUUUUUUCAAAGAAAAUAUAAGUGUCGAGGAGGAUGAGGAUAUUUAUGAGGAAACAUACGAAGAUAGUGUGAGAGAAUGGAAGAAAUUACUAGGGCUCGUGAUACCAAAUUGUUUCUCGGUUUGUAUUGAGUGGUGGUGCUAUGAGAUUUUUAUGUUGCUUUGUGGGAAACUCGAACACCCUAAAGUAAGCAUUGCUUCAAUGGGAAUUAUCAUGCAAAUCACUUCCCUUGUUUACAAAUUCCCUCAUUCCUUGAGUUCAGGAGUCUCGACCCGAGUCGGAAACGAGCUUGGUUCGAACCUGCCACAAAAUGCGAAAAGAGCUGCCAUUGUUGGACUCGGUCUUGGCAUUGCACUCGGGUUUUUGUCUCUCACGUUCACAGUCUCUUUCAAAGACAAAUGGGCUACAUAUUUCACUGAUGAUAAAUAUAUCAUUGCGUUGACUGCGGAGGCUUUACCAUUCGUUGGCUUUUGCGAGCUUGGGAACUGCCUACAAACAGCAGGAUGCGGCAUUCUCAGAGGAUCCGCAAGGCCGAGAAUCGGAGCUACCAUUAAUGGAAUUGCAUUUUAUGCGGUUGGGAUACCGGUGGGGUUAGUUAUGGCGUUUUGUUUUGGGUUUGGAUUCAAUGGAUUUUGGAUAGGAAUGAUCACGGCGCAAACCACAUGUGCUAUUUUCAUGAUGGUGGUGAUAUGUAGGACCGAUUGGGAAUUGGAAGCGAGAAGGGCUAACGAGCUCACUGCGGUAGUGGAUAGUGGCAACAAUAAUUGCGAGGAGAAUGUGGAGGCUAGGCUAGUUGACCAAGUGGUAGUGAACUAGUAGUUCUAUUUGUGGAUGAGUUACCAUGUAGGUGUAGGAUGAUGUAGUGUAAAGUCCUAAAGCACUAAUGAUCCCAUCAUUAAAGUAAUUAAGAAUCG